AUGUCUGAAGUUAUCGAGGAAUAUUUUGAAGCGGCAUUGGAACUUGUAAAAAAUGCUGGAAACCUUAUAACAGAGUUCACAAGUGGCUGCAAAGUGUUUGAAUGUAAGUCUUCUGAUAUCGAUUUAGUAACGGAGAUCGAUAAAAAGGUAGAAGAAACUUUGAUAAAUGGCCUUUCCAACAAAUUUCCCACUCAUAAAUUCAUUGGGGAAGAAUCAGUGGCUGGGGGAGCUAAGUGCAUUCUUACAGAGGAUCCAACAUGGAUCAUAGAUCCUGUAGAUGGUACAUUAAAUUUCAUUCAUGGCUACCCACACAGUUGUAUUUCUCUUGGGCUUGUUAUAAACAAGGAAUCAGUCGCAGGGAUAAUUUAUAAUCCUAUUUUAAAUCAGCUAUUCACUGCACAAAAAGGGAAAGGGGCAUUUUUAAAUGGCAGACCCAUUCAUGUAUCUCAAGUGAAGGAGGUAAAAGAUGCUCUAGUAUCUUUUGAAGUUGGUACUGCCAGAGAUGAAGAAAAGCAGAAGGUUGUAUUAGAAAAUUUCAAAAUAAUCACGUCUAAGGCACAGGGGGCAAGAACUGUAGGUUCUGCUGCGUUAAAUAUGGCUAUGGUGGCUUUGGGAGGUUCUGAUGUGUAUUUCGAGUUUGGCAUCCAUGCAUGGGAUAUAGCUGCUGGAGAUAUUAUAGUGAGAGAAGCUGGUGGAGUUUGUAUAGACCCUGCGGGUGGAGAUUUUGAUAUUCUAUCUCGUAGAGUUUUAUGUGCCAGCUCGCUUGAACUAGCUCAGGAGUUUGCUAAGAUGUUACAUCAGUACUAUCCAGAAAGAGAU